UCUACGUGAGGCGGCCAUAUUGCACUACCGUCUUCAAGGGUAUCCGAGCCUAAAGUAACUAAGCUAGACAACAUGUUCCGGUUUGCUAAAGCUGCACUCAACCUCACCGGUCAGGCCGCAAGGCAGGUGAGGCACAAUUCCACCGCCCAAGUGAACUUCAACAAGAAGUACGGCAACCUCCUGAUGGUUUCUGGAGCCGGCUUCUGCGUGGCUGUGUGGUCAUACGUGGUGACUCAGACUGGCAUCACCUGGAAUCCGUCACCUGUUGGGAAGGUCAUGCCCAUGGAGUGGAGAGAGGCAGAAGCAGAGGAGGAGUGAAGACAUGCCAUGACAGACCUGCACCCCACCUAAUAAUAAACCUUCUCUUUGUACAGAUGAAUAACAGUGAAUGUCUGUGUUUAUUCCAACAUGUUAAUUUGUCCAAAUAAAUUAAAUGUGAUUCUACUGAUCAUU